CUGUACUUUCAUCAGGGACAAAACAUUGAUCAGCCGGUCAUCUAGAAGAUAGACGUGGCACGUUCGCUUGUUAUAUAUAAUAUUCGUCGAUACCAAGGCCAGUAUAUUUUAUGUACGUGCAUGCACGAUUACGCGCGAGUACGUACGAGCAAGUUAACAGUUGCGGUCAUCGUUGCUCAUCAAAUCAGUACGUACAUGCAAAGCUUUCCACUCCUCUAAAGUGCAUUUGACGUCGUGCUCCCUUUGAGAACCACUGAAAAACGUCGUCUUCGUCUUGCACACACAAUAUAUAUAGAGAUACCGCAUUACCGCUCGGUCACCAAGCAGCAGGGUAUAUGGCCAUGCCAUGGACAUAGCUCAUAGAGACCACCUCCUUGCAGCCUUCCACGGCGUCGUCGCCGUCGCCGUGCUCCUCCUCUGCCUCCUCGCAGAGGUUCUCGUCUUCGCCUUGAGGCUGCGCACGGCGCUCUACCUCGUCCCGGUAUCUGCGAUGCUACUCCUCUGCUUCUUCCGGCGCCGCCCGGCGGACAUCGGUCUCGUUGACUUCUCGUGCCUAAAGCCGCCUCGCCGGCUGCGCCUCCCGCUGGCCAAGGUAAUCGAGAACUUCAAGCUCUGCGGCUGCUUCAACCGCGACACCGUGGAGUUCAUGACCAAGGCCAUCCAGGCCGGCGGCAUGGGCAACGAGACCUACCUCCCGCCGGCCAUGCACUGCAUCCCUCCGGCGGCUGCACACGCAGAUGCCAUCCAGGAGGCGCAUGCGCUCUUCUUCCCCACUCUGGACGAUCUCUUCGCCAAGACCGGCGUGGCGCCGUCGGCCGUUGGGGCGCUCAUUGUCAACUGCAGCGGCUUCUGCCCAGCGCCGUCGCUCACGGCCGUCAUCGCCAACCACUACGGGAUGCGCAGCGAUCUAAAGACCUUUAACCUUUCCGGCAUGGGCUGCUCCGCCGGCGUCGUCGCCGUGGACGUUGCGAGCAGCCUGCUGCGGUUGCACUUGCACUCCAUGUCCUGUGCCGUUGUCGUCAGCGCCGAGAUCUUCGCGGGCAGGUUCUACGUCGGCAAUGAGCACGCUAAGCUUCUCCUCAACUGCUACUUCCGCACUGGCUGCUCCGCCGCGCUGGUAACGAACAAACAAGGCAUGGCCGCCGGAGUGCCGAUCAAGUACCGGCUCGUCAGCUCAACGCGCACAAACCAGAUAGCCAACGACCGCAGCUACCGCUCGGGCUACUGGGACGACGACGAGGGGGGCAUUGCCGGCUUCACCGUCGGCCAGGGCGUCGGCCGCAUGUUCAGCGAGAUGCUGCGCGCGCACCUCGCCGCGCUCGGCCUCUCCAUCCUGCCGUGGCGCGAGAAGCUGCGCUACAUGGCCGCGCUGCUGCUGCUGUCACUGCGCAUACGCCGCCACAAACUCGUCGGCUCCGCCGCGCCGACGCCCGCCUUCCGCGUGGCGGCAGACCACUUCUGUCUACCGUCAAACAAUCGGCCGAUAAUAUCGAGGCUGGGGCAGGGACUCGGGCUGGGCGAGAGAGAGGUGGAGGCGGCGCUCAUGACGUUCCACCGGUUCGGCAACCAGUCGGCGGCGUCGCUGUGGUACCAGCUCGCGUACCUCGAGGCCAAGGGCAGAGUCCGGGAGGGCGACACGGUGUGGCAGCUCGGCGUCGGGAGCGGGCUGAAGGCCAACAGCUUGGUGUGGCAGCGCGUCGCCGGCGCCGGCGGGCGCGACGGAAGGGGAGCGCUUGGGCCGUGGGUGGACUGUAUCCACCGCUACCCUAUCAAGGAAUCCUAACACAACUUCCUCGAUCGCAACGACUGUGCUAUUAUUGAUCGUGACUGGGUUCACCGUCGAUGACAACAUAUCAGGAUACGUGCUGACUGUUGUUGAAUAAAGGAUUGCUAGCUACACACAGCCUACACAACUGAGACUUAAUUCAGUCGACUUUAUAAAUAAAUUUGUACCUAUGAAUUUAAAUAAAGUACUCACCAUGUUGUAAUAUUUUCUUCGUCUCUAGUGCAAGAAAGUGUAGCAUUGUCUCACACAUGUAGCAGUGUUUGGGCAUACGCCGAGUGUUAUUUGUAAGGUACUGUCUUAUACACCUCUAAGCCGAGUACCUAAAAGAAAGUGCAUGGCAUAAGACGGUCCCUCGACAUAACCCGGGCUAAGCCGCCAAAAAUGCGCUCGGCUUACAUAAAAAAGUUUGCCUUAACUAGAAAAUACACUCGGCUUGUAGGCCAACCUCGGCAUUGUGGUUGACACAUGG